CCUCUUAAAUUCUUCUUAACUGCGUUCGAGAAUGAGGCCCAUUGUGAUGGUGGUGGACAGCACAGCCCCUCGUGGGUCCUGGAACCUUGGAAGAAUAAUAGAAGUCCAACCAGAUUCCAGAGGUUUGGUGAGGACAGUGAAAAUUAUCACGAAGACUGGUGUGUUCGUGAGGCCAGUAACCAAGCUCUGUCUGCUUCUCGAAGGAGCAGAAAAGAUGACCAAAGUCACCAGCCAGAGAUGAGUAAUACCCACUCAUGAUAUGAUUGAGUUAAUGAUUUAAGAAUAACAGUAAACUACAAUGAAUGUAGGCUCCUUUAUGAUUUUGAAUGUUGUAAUAGUUGCCCAUGCACACACUUAGGGGCCGGUGUGUAGGAGCCAUUUAGGAGUAUUUGGAUUUGUACUGAAUUAUCCCAAAUUAGGAAGUUGUGAUUGGUUCUGAGUUUGUGCCCCCUAUAGGUCAGACAUUGAUUGGCGUUGGGAUAAGGGUGUGCUAGGCCAAGGAGAGUGGAGAGUUCUGGCGGCCUGCGCAUAUCAUUAUUGACCGGGACCGGGAGGCGUAAAUCGUGACCGUGAAAAAGACUUUAAUGCUUUAAUUUACUUUUGAUGUACGAAAUAAAUGGAAACAAGUUCAUUAUAUCCACGUCUCAUGGACUCUAUUUAAAUCACGCGUCAAGAUACAAUCGCCGGGAACUCCAAGAAGUGGUCAAACAAAUUGGCAAGAUUUAGCCACUACAGUCAGAUUGACUAGAAUGAAUACUUUGUGUUUAUACUCUCAACAGGCCUCCUGACUUACUGUAGCUUGGUUGUUGUUCCUCAUUUGUAAGUUGCACUAAAGUGUCUGUCAAAUGACUAAAUAUAAAUGUAAAUAUUUGUUCAGUCAGGCCUUCUUGUUGGGGUGCCAGGCAUGCUCAGAGGGUUACACCAAGCACAUCAACAGUAUGGAAGGGCGCACUGGUAUGACGUGGUGGUGAGGGCAGCCAACAUAGCAAAACAAGGAUUUAAUGUCUCUGACAGCCUGGCCCAGGCCAUAGAGUCUCAGAGGGGGAAGAAUGUGUCUGAGCGCUUCAAGGGGAUGUUUUUACCGCAUGGUCAGCCGCUUUCUGCAGUCGCCACCCUGAAAUUACCCGAAUUGGCUGCUGUUCUGGACCGUGUUGCCUGCCAUGGGGUGGACGAGUUCUACCACGGGAAUAUCUCUGAGGAGAUAGCAGUUACAGUGCAGGCUAAUGGGGGGUGCUGACCAGAGAAGAUCUGGCUAACUACAGCUCGGUGCAGCGAGAGGCUCUAACAAGCCAGUACAAGGGUGAGGUCACUGCAACCUGUGCAAACACAGAUGGGUUACGCAAGCAUACAUCAUGCUUCUCUGUUCAACACCUCAUAAGGCAGUUCUGAUAGUCACUCAGUUGUUGUUAGACAACCCAAAUUAGACUCUGG